AUGUUAAGAUUUUUAAAUAAAAGUAAUUAUAUUACUUCGAGUUUACAUAAAAAUGUUGUUGUUACUAGAAAUACUUUAAAUUAUUGUACAUCAACUGUAACAAACAAGAGUAGUAAAAGUAGUUGUUUAAAUAGUAAUAAGAAUGAUAAUAAUAAUAGUAGUAGUGCUGAGAGUAUAAAUAUUAAAUUAGAUGAAACAAAGAAAUUAUUAGAGAAACUAAGAAAUGAAACGACAACAACAACAUCAUUGAAUAAUAACAACAAUAGCAAUGAUAUUCUAACAGAUACAUUUGGAAGAGUACAUAGUUAUCUAAGAAUAUCACUUACGGAACGAUGUAAUCUUCGUUGUCAGUACUGUAUGCCUGAAGAAGGUGUACCAUUGCAACCAACCAGCCAACUGCUGACCAACGACGAGAUCAUCAGACUCUCCAAACUCUUUGUUUCAUCUGGUGUAUCAAAGAUUAGAUUCACAGGUGGUGAACCAUUGGUUAGAAAAGAUGUUGAACCAUUGAUCGAGGAGAUUGGUAAGAUCAAAGGAUUAAAGACGAUUGCUAUGACAACCAAUGGUAUUCUACUGAAUAGAAAGAUCGAGAGAUUACAUAACGCUGGUUUGAAUCUGUUGAAUAUUAGUCUAGAUACAUUGGAUACCAAUAAGUUCACUAUAAUCACAAGAAGAUUGGGUUGGGAAAGAGUAAUGGAGUCAAUCGAGAAAGCACUGUCACUUAAUUUCAAUCCCGUAAAGAUAAAUUGUGUUGUAAUGAGAGAUCUUAAUGAUUAUGAAAUAUGUGAUUUCGUAGAGAUGACAAGAGAUAAACCAAUUGAAAUUAGAUUCAUUGAGUAUAUGCCAUUCGAUGGUAAUCGUUGGAACGACAAGAAAUUUGUAUCAUAUAAAGAGAUGUUGCAAAGAAUCAUCAAUAAGUUUGGUUCCAUCGAGAAAUGUGUGGAAGAUCAUCCCAACAAUACAUCAAAGACCUACCAAGUGCCAGGAUUCACCGGUAAAGUUGGUUUUAUCACAUCGAUGAGUGAACAUUUUUGUAGUUCUUGUAACAGACUUAGAAUAACUGCCGAUGGUAAUCUUAAAGUUUGUUUAUUUGGGAAUGCAGAGGUAUCACUUAGAGACUUUAUGAGAGUGGGUGCAACCGAUGAAGAUCUACUAAAGAUUAUCAAUGCUGCUGUACUAAAGAAAAAAGAAUCUCAUGCCGGUAUGUACGAGAUUGCAAAGAGCCAAAAUAGACCUAUGAUUUUAAUUGUUUAUUUACAUUUAAAGUUAUGGUUAAAGAAUAUUUUAUCAUUUAUUAAUACAAUUUGUAUUACUACAACAAGUAACAAGAGAUCCACUUCCACUUCCACUUCUACUUCUACUCUUUUUAAUAAUGGCAAUAAUAUGAAUAUGUUUGGUUAUGUUCUUGCUACUGCUGCUGUUGCUCGUUGUUACUCUACCAAAUCAAACAACAACAACAACAAUAGCAACAAUGGUAAUAAAGAGUUCACACAUAUUGAUCAAGUGAAGAGGUUACCUACGAUGGUUGAUGUAUCUGAUAAGCUGGUAACAAAGAGAAGUGCAACUGCAAGAGCAGUUAUUGAAUUCCCAGAGUUUGUACUUUCACAAUUGACUGGCUCCAGUGGUGUUGGUGAAGUAGCUGAUGGAGUUGCUGCUGCUGUUAGUAGUAGUCGUGACAUUCAAUCAAAGAAAGGACCAGUCUUUGCAACAUCAAUCGUUGCCGGUACAAUGGCAGUCAAGAACACCAGUAAUCUCAUUCCAUUCUGCCAUCCACUGCCAAUUGAAAACUGUAAAUUCAACAUUGAAAUCAUUUCGAAAACCAGUGUGCAAGUAGAUUGCACUGUGUCUGUCACACACAAGACUGGUGUCGAGAUGGAAGCACUGACCGGUUGUUCAGUGGCAAGUCUAUGCAUCUACGACAUGUGUAAAGCACUCUCACACGCCAUCGUUAUCAAAGAGAUCAAGUUACUAUCUAAAACAGGUGGAAAAAGUGAUAUCUCUCUCGAAAUACCAAAAGAGAAAACAAACUAA